AUGCAAUUGAAGUUCUUGCAGAUUAUUGCAUUUUUGCUGCUUAUUCUUGGUAUGUUCAUCUACAACGAUAUGUUCAUCAACCCAUGGUUCCGCCGAACGUUUUUGCCCAGUGUAGACGAUCCUGAUCCCGGAACUGCCGCUAGAUCUGAGAGGAAUUCAGCUGGGAAUAUUCAAAGUAUGUUCAAAGUUCUAGAACCAGGUGGCAUCUCACAAAGAAGGAUUGGUUGA